AUGAAUUUAAGCAUUGUCACUGGCGGUUCUCUAAUGGACAAACCAUAUGACGAAGCUUAUGAACUCAUAGAGAACAUGGAUCAAAAUCAUUUCCAAUGGGGAGGUGAACGUGCUAUUGUUGAAAAACUAACUCCAAAAGGCGGAAUGUACGAAGUUAAUGGCAUAGACAGCAUCAAUGCUAAAGUGGAUGCGCUUACUCAAAAGAUUGAAAGCUUGUCCAUAACACCAGCAGCCGCCAUAACUGCUAUAACACCAAACUGUGAAUUAUGCGGAACCCCUGGGCACACUAAUGUUAAUUUUCAUUUAUUGGCUGGUGUCCCGAUCGACCAAAUAAACUAUGCUAAAGGAAACCCAUACUCAAAUACUUAUAAUCCUGGAUGGAGAAACCAUCCAAAAAUUUCCUAUAGAAGUAUCAAUGUUUUGUUUCCACCAAACCCAGCACCUGCUGUUCCACCUGGCUAUCAGAAAGGAGCCUCAGUUGCUCCACAAGCACCUAGAAAGUCAAAUCUAGAGAUCAUGCUGGAAAACUUUAUAAAUGUCUAA